CCAUUCUGACACUGCCACACAAAAUCUCAUCUUCCUCAUCCAUCUGUAAUUACCUCUUCCAUCCACCAUGCCCUCCUUCCCAUGGCUAUGGCUAUGGCUAUCCCUAUGCUUCUUACUACCCCUUCUUCAUGAUGCCAAACGAACCUUCAUAGUUCAAAUGGAUCCUCAUCAAAAACCCUCAUCCUAUCUCACUCAUCACGAUUGGUAUUCCGACCGAUUACAAUCGCUCGCAUCAACCACCCCUGAUGCCAUCCUCUACUCCUACACUACAGCCUUCCACGGUUUCUCCGCCUCUUUGGAUCCCCACCAGGUCGAUUCCCUCCGCCAAUCGGAUUCUGUACUUGGUGUUUAUGAAGAUACCGUUUACCAACUCCACACUACUCGCACUCCUGAGUUUUUAGGGAUUGAUAAUGAAUUAGGUUUGUGGUCUGGUCACACGCCUCAACAACUCAAUUUAGCGGCCAAUGAUGUCGUCGUCGGCGUGCUUGAUACUGGAGUUUGGCCGGAGUCCAAGAGCUUUGACGAUUCCGGGAUGCCACCUGUGCCCAGUCGGUGGCGUGGUCAGUGUGAAGAAGGAGAAGAUUUCAAGGCGAAUUUAUGUAAUAAGAAACUGAUUGGUGCUCGCAAGUUUUCCAAAGGAUUUCGUCUGGCAGCGGGGGUUAUAUCCAAGGAAAAGGAGUCGCCACGAGACCAAGACGGUCACGGAACACACACUUCCACGACGGCCGCCGGUGGGCAAGUGGGGAACGCCAGUUUGUUUGGCUUUGCUAGCGGGACGGCGCGUGGAAUGGCUGUUCACGCGCGGGUGGCGACGUAUAAAGUUUGUUGGAAAACCGGUUGUUUUGGUUCCGAUAUCCUUGCCGGAAUGGACAGUGCAAUUUCCGAUGGUGUAGAUGUGUUGUCUAUGUCUCUCGGCGGAGGUUCUGCGCCUUAUUAUCGCGACACAAUUGCCAUCGGCGCGUUUAAAGCUAUGGAAAUGGGCGUGUUCGUGUCGUGUUCCGCCGGAAACAGCGGACCCUCUAAGGCUUCACUUGCCAACGUGGCUCCAUGGAUAAUGACCGUCGGUGCCGGAACUUUAGACCGAGAUUUUCCCGCAUAUGCCGGAUUAGGAAACGGAAAACGUAUCAACGGCGUGUCUUUGUAUAGUGGAAUAGGUAUGGGUGAUAAACCGGUGGAAUUGGUUUAUUUUAACGGUAAAGGAACCAGUAAUUCCGGCAAUUUGUGUUUACCGGGAUCACUUCAACCGGAGCUUGUACGUGGUAAAGUGGUUUUUUGUGACAGGGGUGUCAAUCCACGUGUCGAAAAGGGGCAGGUGGUGAAGGAAGCUGGAGGGAUCGGAAUGAUACUUGGGAACACGGCAGAGAGUGGGGAGGAGUUGGUCGCCGACAGCCAUUUGUUGCCGGCGGUGGCUGUCGGAAAAAGGUUUGCGGAUGAAAUCCGAGAGUAUUUGAAAAUAGACCCGAAUCCGAAGGCGGUGCUUAGCUUUGGAGGGACGGUUUUGGGGGUUAAGCCGUCGCCGGUGGUGGCUGCAUUUAGUUCCAGAGGUCCUAACAUGGUGACACCUCAGAUAUUGAAACCGGACGUUAUUGGGCCGGGAGUGAACAUCUUGGCUGGAUGGUCAGAAGGGGUCGGACCCACCGGGUUGGAUAUCGAUACCCGGAAAACUCAGUUCAAUAUUAUGUCAGGUACAUCCAUGUCGUGCCCACACAUCAGUGGCUUGGCUGCAUUGCUGAAAGCAGCACAUCCAGGAUGGAGCCCGAGUGCCAUCAAAUCCGCCCUCAUGACCACCGCGUACACAGUUGACAACACCAAAUCACCGCUACGUGAUGCAGCCGGAGGUCAAGUUUCUACCCCUUGGGCUCAUGGAGCCGGCCAUGUUGAACCACACAAAGCCAUCUCUCCUGGGCUUGUAUACGAUAUCUCAACUGAGGAGUACAUUGCGUUCGUCUGCUCUUUGGGCUAUGACAUCAAGCAAGUACAAGCCAUUGUCAACCGUGCAAAUGUUACCUGUUCCAGAAGAUUGGGGGAUCCAGGUCGGCUGAACUACCCAUCGUUCUCUGUCCUUUUUGGGAAGUCGAGAGUAGUUAGAUACACCCGGCAGCUAACAAAUGUUGGCCCUGCGGAUUCUACUUACGAUGUGGCAGUUGAAGCACCAGAAGGAGUUCAAGUUGGUGUGAAACCAAAAAGGCUAGUUUUCAAGAAUGUUGGAGAUAAGUUGAGGUAUACAGUUACAUUCGUCUCCAAGAAGAGUGGCAGUGGGGAUGCUUUUGGCUCGAUAACUUGGAAGAACGAUCUUAACCAAGUUAGGAGCCCGGUUGCGUACGGCUGGGCACGGCUUGUAUAAUAUUUACCAUUGAAGUCCACCCGCUCGAAAGGUGAUUUUAGUUCUAUAAGAUCCUUUUGCUUGCACAUAGGAACACGAAAACCAAAUAUGGGUCACGUUUCUUGUGCUUCAAAAACUAAUGUAAUAGAAAUAGAUGUUUGUUGUUUCUAUGGCUUAUUGAAUGGAAAUGAAUGAAUCAAAA